UAAGCAAUGUAUAACUAAUACCAUAAAUACAUACUUAGCCCUGAAAUCACGGGACCCAGAUAACAACCGGCCAGCUAUCUACUCUACAUACAACAACACCAUCUCCAACUCGGACUCCAUAAUCAAUUGUCCAACUCAGGCCGCAAAACAACCUCCACCUCCACUAAACCCCCGACCCAAAAAGAAAAAAGAAAAAAGCAAAGAGAGCAGAGAGAGAAGAGGAAGAGAAGGGAAAGAGGAAAAUGACCGACCUGACACCAACCCUCAACGCAAUCCUCCUAGAACGCCAAUCCCCGCCUAUCCCAAUAAAAACUUACAAUAAGGCCUCACCAGCUGAUGAAUUCCUUAAGGAAGCUUACCGCAUUAACAAACACAUAACAAACCUAACAACCUACCUCCAAAAAAUUCGCCCCCAAUAUCUCUCCUUAACCAAAGCCCCCCGCCACAAGCCCUCGUCCCCCAAACUCAGAAACGCAAAGUCGGGAGAAGAAGAAGCAGCGUCCCCACUAAGCGACACCGACCGCGACCAAAUCGAUACCUCCACCUCCCUCGUUCUCCAUGAUCUAAGUAACUCCAUCUCAACACUAUCCAGCGCGGAGACUCUCCGGCACGAGACGGCGACGAGUAUCCUUCGGAAGAAGUACGGGCGGUCGGUCGCGGGACGGGUCCUUGCGAAAUGGGCUUCCGGGUCUGGGGCGCUUGGCGAUGGCGACAGUGAGGAGGGAAAGAGUGAGGAGCAGGUUAGGGAAGAAGAAGGGGUGAGGGUUUUGCAGGUUGUUAGGGGGAGUGUGAUUUGGUUUUUGAGGAGGGGGUUGGAGGAUGUGGUGUCUUUGCAGAGGGGGUUGGUGGAGAGGAGGAUUGAGAGGGUUAGUGAGAGGGAGAGGAGUGUACUUUUUAAGGGUGGUUCUGGGGGUUCGAAUACUCGUAUUUCUGCUGUUGGGGAUAAUGGUGCUAACAGUGGUGCGGGGGGUGCGUUUGGGGUGGAUGAUACGGUAGGUUUGAAAGGGGCUGGGAUGGAUGAGAGUGAGGUGAGGGCCAUUGAGGAGGAGCUGUCGGCGGAGCAGUUGCAGCUCUUUGAGGCCGAGAAUGAUGCCAUGGUUAGGUAUUAUGAGGAUACCUUGAGUAAGGUUCAGAAUGCGGAGAAGUCGCUUUUGGAGAUCUCGUCGCUGCAGCAGACGCUGGUGUCGCAUCUUGGUACACAGGAGGAGUAUAUUAGUCAACUCGUCACGGAUGCGGCGUCGACGCAGACGAAUAUCGGGCGCGGGAAUAAGGAAUUAAAGAGAGCGAGUGAGCGGCGGAGUGCGGCGCAGGCGGUGUUCUGGGGGACGGUUGGGUUGUGUACCUCGUUGAUUGUUUGGGAUCUUAUCUUCUAGAUCUAUUCUAAUCUGGGGAGUGGGGAUGAAGAUGG